AGCUUAAAGCCGCGUCAAUCAACGAAGAGCGCGAUCGAUCAAAGUUUGACGGGAUUUGAGAUCCCGUCACGGGGCAUUGUAAAACAUACACCGACAACAAAUAUAUAAAACAGCAGCUCCGCCAGCGAUGAAGCACAGUCGAGUAUCGCAUCUUCACAUUACAACAUGGAUUCUUCUUCAAACUUUUCUGGAUUACGCUUUGCUUUGGUAGUGUUGGCACUGUGUUCUAUUGUGGCUGUACAUAGUGUUCCAGUGCCACUGACUACACAGGAACCAGCAGAGACAAAGAUUUGUCAGUCAUGUGAGCUGUACUGUAUGACAAAGCACAACUCCUUUGCAGAUGUUUGCAACGAGUGCCAAUGUGAACCCCCAAAAGAUGUGAUUUUCCCCAGCAAACACUACUGUUUUUUUCGAAAAUGUGAUCAAGAAUGCGACAAAGGAUACCAGGUUGAUGUGAACGGGUGUCGAACCUGUGACUGCGUUGCGUGAACAUGAACAUGAACAUGAACUUUCUAUUGUUAUUUAUAAUUCCUCGAACAAGCUGACUGUGAUCUCCAUUCUUGUUAUCUGAUGUUGUUAAUCUUAUUAUUAUUUGUUACGUAUUUAUUACUUUUCUAAUAAAACUCUUUUUCUA